AUGCCAAAUACUCCGCCGCCAGCUCUCCUUCCGCCGCCAGAAGGUAUAUUUCGAUCAUUUGAUGAUCUUAUGGCAUCAGUACAACGUGUCGCAAAGGACCAGGGCUACGGAAUCGUCAAACUUCGUGCGUCAAAUUAUCGUGACGGAAAACCUACACGCUAUGAUCUGGUUUGCGAUCGAGGAGGCGUCAAAUACAACAGCACAGCGAAGAAGCGCAACCCGUCCACUCGCAAAAUCGACUGCCCUUUCCGCGCGAAAGCUGUAUGCGAGGUGCAGCUUGGAAAUCAGUGGAGGUUUGCUCUACAGGAACCUCGUCAUAACCAUGAACCUCGCGUGCCCUCUGGAACCCCCGGGCAAGAAAACGCACCCCUUGCCACGACCAUCCGAUCAUUUACAAACAAGCUGGAUCGGUUGAGUCAUGACAUGGCGCAAGGAUUUAUGCGUAUUGAGCAGCGGCUAGAUAAUAUCGAAAAACGUAUGGAAAAUGUGGAGGCUCGAGCUGGAGGCUACGAACCAAGAUUUCAAACAAUCGAAUCAAGGCUGCAGAAUAUGGAAGGACCACGUAUGGAUGGUAUCGGUAUGGAUGAUGUUGAGUCUCGCUUACUAGCCUCUACGGUCAUGUAG